AGAUCAAGUGUUUCUGGACUAUUGACUGGUUGUGUACUUAAUUCUUGAGGACUGAUGUGACCCUGACCUCAUGUCUUGAUUCAUAAGCAUUUUUAACCUGUUCAAACUCAAUGAUUAACCUGAUUAACACAUGAAGUGUCUAAACUGGAGAUCCUGAAGUCAAACUACCCGUUUGAUCACAAUCUGUCUCAAACUCAACUAAACAUGGAGCACACGGUGGGGACCUUCCAGGUCGGGGACUAUGUGGUGUUUGUCUGUCUGUUUGUGGUAUCCUCAAGUAUCGGGGUUUUCUUCGCCAUCAAAGAUAGGAAGAAAGCUUCAUCUAAGGACUUUCUGGUGGGGGGUCGUCAGAUGUCAUGUGGGCCGGUGGCUCUCUCUCUCACAGCCAGUUUCAUGUCUGCAGUGACGGUGAUCGGGGCCCCGUCAGAUGUAUACAGAUAUGGGGCCUCAUAUGUGAUCUUUGGGAUCGCGUACACGUUUGUUGUGUUUUUCACAGCUGAGCUCUUCUUACCUGUGUUCUACAGGACAGGCAUCACCAGCACAUAUGAGUAUCUGGAGUUGCGUUUCUGUAAACCUGUCCGCGUUGCAGCCACUCUUAUUUAUAUGGUACAAACAAUUCUGUACACUGGUGUGGUGGUGUAUGCUCCUGCUUUAGCACUGAAUCAAGUUACAGGUUUUGAUCUCUGGGGAUCCAUAUUUGCCACUGGCAUUGUCUGCACAUUUUACUGCACAUUGGGUGGGCUGAAGGCUGUGGUCUGGACAGAUGCCUUCCAGAUGGUAGUGAUGGUGGUGGGAUUCCUCACAGUUCUCAUCCAGGGUUCAAGUCGAGCGGGUGGGAUUGAGUCUGUCUGGAGCAAAGCGCACACUGGAGGCAGACUACAAGUGUUUGACUUUGACAUGGACCCUCUCAGACGACACACAUUCUGGACUCUCACUGUAGGUGGCACAUUCACAUGGCUGGGCAUCUAUGGUGUAAACCAGUCAACCAUCCAGAGGUGUAUUUCCUGCAAGACAGAGAAUCAUGCACGCUGGGCUUUGUAUAUGAAUCUCAUGGGUCUAUGGAUUAUCCUGUUCUGUGCUGUGGUGUCUGGUCUCAUCAUGUAUGCCUUCUACUCUGACUGUGACCCCUGGUCAGCUGGAUUAGUCUCUGCUCCAGACCAGCUCAUGCCAUAUUUUGUGAUGGAAGUUCUUGGGGCAUUUCCUGGGCUGCCGGGGUUAUUUGUGGCAUGUGCAUUCAGUGGAACUCUGAGCACAGUAGCUGCCAGUAUCAAUGCUCUGGCUACAGUGAUGUAUGAGGACUUUGUGAGUCAGUGUUUUGGAGAUCUGUCCAACAGAGCAGCCAACUGGAUCAGCAAAGCGCUGUGUGUGGUGUUUGGUGGUGUGUGCACUACUAUGGCCGUGGCUGCAUCAUACAUGGGAGGAAUUGUGCAGGCAGCUCUUAGUAUCCAUGGCAUGUGUGGUGGCCCAAUGCUGGGCCUCUUCUCCCUCGGCAUUCUGUUUCCUGUCACCAACUAUAAGGGGGCUGUUGGGGGUCUGAUAGUGGGCAUCGCUCUGUCAUUCUGGGUUGGUGUGGGUGCGUUCAUUUACCCUGCAUCCACCAAUAACACACACCCUCUCGAACUCAACACUGCAGCAUGUAAUUUCAGCAUCACAGCAGAUGGAUUAAAUCCAACAGCACUCACCAUGAGUGCUCUCAACUCUGAAAGGUCUUGGCUGGCUGAUUCAUGGUACUCUAUGUCUUAUCUGUACUACAGUGCAGUGGGGUUUGUUGGAACUGUAGCAGCAGGGCUACUCAUUACACUGCUGACAGGGCCAUCAGAUGCCCAGAAGGUAAAGCCAGGACUGACUCGAUCUAUUAGGGAUGUCUUCUGCUUCUGCUUUGAGAGAUACGCACAUAUCGACCUCAGUCAGGACAAAGAGGAUUUGGGAGAUUUUGGCAAGGCAUGGGAGAAACAUCCAGACCAGGAAGGAGUAGUAAAUAUGGAGAAGGUCAAGAGCAGUAGUGAUGGCCUGCAAGAAAAUUGUUACACAAAUGCAGCCUUUGAUAAUAAUGAAAGGAGUCAAAUUCAAGCAAAACUGUAAAUUAAAGUUUGACUUCAGUAAACCUCUUAAAACAGUAAAUAAAGACAAAGAAUGCAUAAACUAUUUAAUUGAAAAGAUACAAUAAAUGUUUUAUUACAGAAAAGACUGAUCUAAAUCUAUGUUACAGAGAUGCUUUAUACAACUCUUGUAUGCAUACUGCUUUUUGAUUUACAUGUUAACAAGGAUGAAGAAAGUGUCUCAUUAUAUACCCUUUCUAUUAUUUAAAGUUAGGUAUGAAUCAUGUGCUGUCAUUCAGGGUUGCAUUGAAAGAUAAUGUGGUGUCCAUGAUUUUGCCAAUUAGGAUGUAUUCCUGUAUAAACAUCUUUUGUUGAUCUUGGAACAACAUUCUUGUCAAACCCCAACCAUACAACCCAGUUCCAACCUGAAACUCACACUCUGAAACCCUACUUCCUAACCGAACCUCCAUUCUCUAACCCAUUGGUUCUCAAUCCUGCUCCUGGAAGGCCACUUUCCUGCAGAGUUUAGCUCCAACUCAAAUAAAACACACCUGAACCAGCUGAUCAUGGUAUUCUUCAAUGAUUCCUCUAACAUUUCAGUCAGGAAUAUAAGAGCAGGGUUGGAAUUAAACCAUGUAGUACAUUGGCCCCCCAGGAACAGGAUUGAGAACCCCUGAUCUAACCCUGUCCCUGACCUCCUAACACUUAUCUAAAAUGUGUCUCACCUCUUAUUUACAAUCCCUAACAUCUAGCCCUAAAAUCUUAGCUUUAACCCUCAAUGUCCAAUUCUAAAUUCUGCCCCUUACCCACACCCAUUCACCUAACCUUUAGCCCUAUUCCUAACACCUAUCCCUAACCCUACAAUCCAUAUAACAACCUUAAAUUCUCAUUUUGAAUCCCAACCCAAACCAAACACAACUGAACCAGCUAGUCAAGGUCUUAACUGAUUUUUUUACUUUCAGGCAGGUGUGUUAGAGGUCUGUCUCUAACCCUUAAUUCCAAAUUCUAAUUCCUGCCCCUUUACUCCCACCCGUAACAUAACCUGGAUAUUAAUCAUCAUCCCUAACCACAACCACUUUUCCUAUGCCCAACCCUAACCUCAACCUUAAAAUCCUAACCAUCACCCUUAAACCUGACAUCAAACCCCAACAUCCAACCCCCAUGACAAGCAUACCAUGUAUUGCUUCUAUCACUGAGAUCUGCAUAUCAUGCAUAUGUAUUAUGUGAAUUGAGAAAACACAGAACCCCAAAUGUUUUUGAUUUUAACUGUAAGCAGUAAAACUUUACAGUAAAAGAUAGAAAUGUUAUCUUCAUUCUCGUUACUAUUUGCAACCAUUGCUUUACAAGAAAAUAUUACUAGUGAUGGAUUUUGAAGGAAUUAAGUCCUUCAAAUUGUUUCCUAAAUCAUCAUUAUAAUUUAAUGCAUUAAAUCAGUUUGUGUAAUGCUCAAACAAGUUAUUUGUUGACUACAAUGGCAUAAUACACUGUUGCUUAUUACAUCUAAACAUGAUCUUUAUUGUUUCAUGUGCUUUUGACAAGCAAUUCCAAUGAAGAGAGUUUUUCACAUCCAAGUGUAUUUGAUAAAACCUGAAUAACAUUUGUUUGGCCAAUGUCCUGAAAAAGCAUUAAUGAAAACACAAGGCCAUUAACAACUGAUCAUUCAUGAUGAUAAAUCACUAAAACAUGUAUUGAUCUCAGGUCAUUCUUCUCUGGUUGAAGCAGAUAUAGGCCAUGCACACUUCACAACAGUGCUCAAACACACAAAGGUUUGUAUAGAGCCGUAGAUGGGCAGGGCUCAUGAAUGAAGUCAUGCAUAGAUUACAGUACACCAUUAGUGUGUCAUAGUACAAUACUAUUUCAGUUCAGCAACACAUUUCCAUUCAACUGAUGACCACCAUACCCUGCUUAGCCUCCAUAUUGUACAAAUAAAGCAUUAAUGCAAAAUAUAUGUUCUAAACGAGUGGUUCUUAAUUGGUUUUGCUUCAGGACUCGGAUUUUACAUUGGAAAUGUUACAUGCACUGGUAACCUUAACACAGUACAAAAUCUGUUUUCAUACAAAAGUAACUAAAUCAAACUUUGAAUUUUACCAUUAUUACCAUGAACUGCAUACACACAUCAAUUUUCAAAAUGAUUAAGUGUUGGUUUCUUAAAGCAGCUUUUUUUGGUAAAAAAACAAAAACAAAAACAAAACAAAUGCCAAUAUUGAUUGAGUAAAAAAAAAAAAAAAAAAAAGUGUUCAAAACAAUGUCCAUACCAUACCCCAGUUCACUACGGUAAGCCUACAAAAAUUAUUUGCAUUUUAAAGGGGCCUGAAGACUAUAUUAAUACUAUAAUAUUCUCGUGAAUAUCAUUAUAACCACACAAUGAGGACUUUAUUAGCUAAAUAUUUUAUUACAACAUAAUUUCUGUAAAGCUGCUUUGAAACGAUGCGUGUUGUGAAUAGCUCUAUACAAAUAAGCAUGACUUGACUUAAAAAUUACUUGACUUUGAGCUUUUGGGUUGGAUUUGGUGAGAAAUCACUGGCUUAUGUCAUUCAGCCCUACCAUUACAUAAUUUCAAUAAACACAGAAUAGAAGUACAUUCUGUCACGUGUUCCGGCUGGAGAAAUAACACUGUUCUGUUCAGUCAGUCACUGUCACACAGUUCAUUGCAGUCUGGAUGGAUGUUCAGCUGUAAACUGUUUGGUGAAGUUCUUUACUUGCUAUAAUGCUUGGAUAUGUUGUCUGGUAGGAUUGCUGAGGCUCAUAUUGCUUGUCAUGCUAGUAUGAAUUGAACAACACUUGUUUGUUAACUGAUUACGAUGUGGUGAUGUUACUGAAUGAAUGAAUGAAUGAACAUUACGUUUAUAUAUAUUGCUUUUCUGACACUACACUCAAAGCAUUUUACACAGUGAACAGGGGACUCUCCUCAACCACUAGCAGAACUAAGUACUGCCGCUCCCUAUAAGCAUAUUACGCAGUCUGCGUAAGGCACCAACUCCCAAGUGGGCAACUUUUUAACCUAGGGGGACAUCAGAAAAUCCACCUUUACUCGAAAGUUAUACAUUAUUCAAGGACCUGGUAGCAGUCAUGGAACACAGACCAUGGCCUCGCACUUGCACUUUCAUAGGGCAUCAAUUUGGCCAGCGGUGGCCCUGAAACUGUAAUGUGUUUACUAAUAUUCAUGACCUCCGAGUAUUUAAUAACAUUGCUGUAGUUUCCAGGUUCCAUAAGAGUGCGUGUAUGCCACUGUUUUCUCAUUUAUUUUGCCCCAGUCAUAGAAACCCCCAAAGGAUCGCUAAUUGUCCUUUCAGCACAUUGUCUGUUUAUGAUGUAUAAUAAUCUGAAAUUGUUUUAAAGUACUGACUGCACUGACAAACUGCUGGCUAACAAAGCAAACUGAUGUGAAAAACAUGAGUGAUAUGGUUGUCAGGGGCAAGGUUAACAUUAUAUUAGUUAUAUUGAAAAGGGAAAAUGAUGGGGUAAUUUUUUAUUAACUUUCCACUAUGUAUUUCACAAACUAGUUAGCAACUUACAGAGAAGACACCGCUUAACAUCGCACCACUUAAGUCCGCCCUGUCUACAGAUCCACCAACAGCUCAGCUCUGUAAUUCAGUAAUGUACAUAGUAAUUUGUUUAGUGUGUAACCAUCUCUCUAUUAUAACUUUACUGCUAAAGAAAUUAUUAGCUAAAUGUAUAUCACCGGAACUGUGCUUGACUGGUUCAACUCUUAUCUCUCAGAAAGGUCCUUUGAGGUAGCAUGGAGAGGGGAAAUAUCCAAGCCACACCAGUUACUUACUGGGGUACCUCAGGGAUCAGUGCUUUGGCCACUUCUCUUCUCCAUAUACAGAACAUCACUGGGACCCAUCAUCCAGUCACAUGGUUUCUCUUACCACUGCUACGCUGAUGACACGCAACUCUACUUGUCUUUCCAGCCCAACGACACCACAGUGACCGCUCGAUUCGCUGCCUGUCUGGCAGACAUCUCAGCCUGGAUGAAGGAACACCACCUUCAACUCAACCCAGCCAAGACCGAACUCCUUGUCUUUCCAGCCAACCCAGCUGUUGAACACAACAUCACCGUGCAGCUGGGUCCAACUACAGUUUCGCCUUCCAAAACGGUCAGAAAUCUAGGGGUAACCAUUGAUGAUGAGCUAAAUUUCACAGACCACAUUUCAAAAACUGCAAGAUCAUGUAGAUUUACACUACAAUAUCAGGAAGAUAAGACCCUUCCUCUCUGUACAUGCCACACAACUGCUCGUUCAGUCCCUUGCCAUAACUAGACUGGACUACUGUAAUGCUCUCAUUGCAGGCCUUCCUGCAUGUGCUAUUAGACCUCUCCAAAUGAUCCAGAAUGCAGCAGCACGUCUGGUCUUUAAUGAACCUAAGAGAGCACAUGUUACACCACUCUUUGGUUCUCUCCACUGGCUGCCGGUUCAUGCACGUAUUAAAUUCAAGGCCCUGAUGCUGGCAUAUAAAACAGUCACUGGGUCUGCUCCAGCAUACCUAAAAACAUUUAUGCAGAGCUACGUUCCCACCAGAAGCCUGCGGUCAGCUAAGGAACGUUGCCUUGUCGUACCAAAACAAAGAGGAACCAAAACACUUUGCCGGACUUUCAGUUUCAUCAUAACACGGUGGUGGAAUGACCUUCCCAACUCAAUCCGGGAAGCUAACUCACUCUCUAUCUUCAAAAAACGGCUAAAAACACAUCUUUUCCAAAAGCACUUAACCGGUCACUAAAAAAAAAAAAAAAAAAAAAAAAAAAUAUUUACACUUCUUGUUGCACUUAAAUCUGAUUUUUAUACUAUUCUGAUGAUAGUGAAACUUUGUAAUAUGGCACUUUUUGUACCACUGUCUCCCUAAGAUGAUUCGCUGAUGUUCUUCCUCUUUUGUAAGUCGCUUUGGAUAAAAGCGUCUGCCAAAUGAAUAAAUGUAAAUGUAAAAUGUAUUUAUGUAAUUUUCUUUAUUGCAUAUUUCUGCAUAUUAUUUUCCUGUUUAAAUGUCUAUUCCAUCCAUAGCAUUAUUGAAUCCUCGUUUUAUGUUUUUAGUUUACAGUGUUAUUCUGUGCAGUGCAUUGUCGUAGUAUUGUAGCAAACGGUUUUACUUGCAUUAUCAACUGAGUCUAUAAAAUAUUUUGUAAAAUAAUACAGUCUUCGACUGGAAUCGACCAUAUGCAAGUUACACCUUUUAAAUUGAUAAAUGUAGUACUAUACCAACAUUAAUAGUACAUAAAACACUUGAAUGAUCAUAUUAAAAUAUUCUGGUAUCGCGUGGUGAUUUGUUAUCAAUGUAAAAGCACUAGUGUCAAAAAAGCACUAUAAGUGUAAAAUGAAUUAUUUCAUUCAAAAUAUGUAAAUUCAAGUGUUGUUUAUCUUUUUCAAAACAAGUAAUAUUUUGGUUUUAAAUGUUUAAUAGAAUAAAAUAUCCACAUGAAAAUAGAACAUUAUGACUCCGUCUCUGAAUAUCUCCCAGUCAUGAUCACACACAGGUGAUGUCCAGGUAACCUCAAAUCAUGAGAUUCAUCAGCACAGAAGAACAGUGCUGAAAAGCAGCACACAUGAAGUGUUCUUCUGCAAAUUGCUUGCGAUUUUAAGUUUCAACCACAGCUGUCGCUAGAGAGCACAACGUUCGGUAGUGCAGCUUUAAUGUCUCUUGAAUUUCAGUGGUUUCAUGCUUUCAACACCCAAUUAUUCAACACACAAAACAAGUUGUGGUUCACACAAGCCAUGUUUAUCCUCGCUGCAAGUGAACUCAUAUUUAAAUGUAAAUGUCAUAUUUUCUUAGACCUUGUGUAGUUUUGCUCAUGAUUUUCGGGGAUGAGGGCAUGUCACUCAACCUGUCUACAUGGCUAGCUUUUUUAAUUUCAAAUGUGAUUCCUGAAUAGAGGUAACAUAGAGUAAAUUAAACUCAUAAAGUGCUCCCAAGGCUUGAUUUAAAAUUAAAUUAGAGUCAUACUUUGGGACUGUGUGUGUGUGUGUGUGUGUGUGUCUAUAGUAUCUAAGUAUCUAUAAGGUGACAACAAAAACUAUAAGCUUUAGUUAAGCGUGAGUCUUCUGAGCAUAUUCCAAUCUAUACCCAUACAGGUUUGGAAUACAUGAAAAUGUCAAGUGGAAAAAUGUAUACUUUAAAAACAAUACUUAAUUCAAGCUAAGAAAAUAUGACACAAAGUUCUCAUCUGAAAAAGCUCACAGGGCCUGAGGAGGACAGACUCAUCAGCUGUGUUUGGAAUGGAAUAAUAACAAAAGUCUUACUGAAUACUGCACAGUAUACACUACGUACUAAUACUGUGUGGAAAACGUAUAAACUAUGCAAUACAUUUUUUGUCAAAUUGUUGCCAAAUGACUUAUGUUGCAAGUUUAAUUCAAUGAGUGGCAUCCAUUUAUCAUCUUGCAAAUAAAUAUGGUAAUUUAGCAUUUUUUUUUUUUGUAAAAUGUCUAAAUUUCCACACUGUGGUCUAAUCAUAUGCUGCACAUUUUGGAAAUAUAAUGGGUCACUUGGGUAUUUUAUGCAUACAGAAAAUAUAUUUUUUUGUCAUAAUUUUAUAAUAUUGCAUUCAGUAUUUCAUACUGCAGAAAAAGUAUGAGCAGGAAGGAAGUAUGCUAUUCUGAAAAUGGCCAUUGCCUUGGGUUUUUAGAGAAUGUGAAAAAUGUAAUAUGCGCAGGAAGCACUCUUUAUACUGUAUGUAUACUGAAGAAAUAGAACUGGUAGUAUGGUAGUAUAGAAUUCUGAACAUAGUUGUUGUUUUGUGCUUAGUUGAGUGAGCACAAACGGCAGCAUGAGAAGGAAGC